GGGCCGGCCGCUGCAGUGCUGGCAGGCUGUGGCUAAGCUGGAGGCAAGGAGGUUAAGCUCCGCACUUGGACAGCGCUUUGGCCCCUGGAGAAGGUGUAGUAUGCGCCCCAGGGCCACGUAUCCUGUGGGUACAGGGACCGCAGCGCAGCAGGGGCGGGGCGAACCAUGCCGGCAUUGAGCCUCUUGGAAGCAGAGUUUGCUGCUCGCCUUUGCUGGGGCUGGGCUUCAGGUGGGCUUCCUAGAGCCUGAGGCUCAGAGCUGUACAACCCGGUAGGGGGAGCCAUCCUGCCUUGCUGAGGACCUGGGCCCCAGAAGUGCUUCAGUCUCCUUGCCUGAGACCUGGAUGUCCCGGUACCUGGAACUGUGACUGCCAACAGAAGAGGUAUCACGUGUGAAUUUGGCCCCUUAGUUCAAGAGAUCCUGGAAUCUUCUCACAUUCACGAUGAACACCUCUCGCUUCCUGGCCUUGGUCUUCCCAGGAUCCUCACCAGGUAAAAACACAAGCAAAUUUGAUGGUGUCCUAUACAACUUCUCUGACCACUGCCAGGAUUCUGUGAACCCGAUGGCUUUCAUCAUCACCUUCUACAGCAUGGAGACCAUCGUGGGGGUCCUAGGAAACCUCUGCCUAAUAUGUGUGACCAUGAAGCAAAAAGAGAAGAACAAUGUUACCAACCUUCUAAUUGCCAAUCUGGCCUUCUCUGACUUCCUCAUGUGCCUCAUUUGCCAGCCACUCACUGUCAUCUACACCAUCAUGGACUACUGGAUCUUUGGAAAGGCCCUUUGCAAGAUGUCAGCUUUCAUCCAGUGUAUGUCCGUGACAGUCUCCAUCCUCUCGCUUGUUCUUGUGGCACUAGAGAGGCAUCAGCUCAUUAUCAACCCAAUGGGCUGGAAACCCAGCAUCUCCCAGGCCUACUUGGGAAUUUUGGUUAUCUGGCUCAUUGCCUGCUUGCUUUCCCUGCCUUUCCUUACUAACAGCAUCCUGGAGAACAUCUUCCACAAGAACCACUCCAAGGCUCUGGAUUUUCUGGUGGACAAGGUGGUCUGUACUGAAUCCUGGCCCCUGGAUGACCAUCGAAUUAUCUAUACUACCUUCUUGCUACUUUUUCAGUACUGCAUGCCCCUGGGCUUUAUUCUGAUCUGCUAUGUGCGCAUCUACCAGCGCCUGCAGAGGCAGGGACGUGUAUUCCGCAAGGGCACCUACAGCUGGCAAGCAGGGCAGAUGAAGAGAGUCAACUGGAUGCUCAUGGCAAUGGUGGCUGCCUUUGCAUUAUUCUGGUUGCCCUUCCAUGUAUUCAAUACCCUGGAGGACUGGCAUCAUGAAGUCAUCCCUGUCUGUCACAGCAACCUUAUCUUCUUGGUGUGCCACCUGUUCGCUAUAGCCUUUACUUGUGUCAACCCUUUCAUUUAUGGUUUUCUCAAUACCAACUUCAAGAAGGAGGUCAAGGCCCUAGUGCUGUCCUGCCAACAAAGUGCUCCCUUAGAGGAGUCUGAGCAUCUGCCCCUGUCGACAGUACACACAGAAGUCUCCAAAGGGUCUCUAAGGCUGAGUGGCAGGUCCAACCCCAUUUAACCAGGUUCUGGACUUCUCUUGGCCAUGUUACUUGCCAGGCCUUUCUAUUUAGCUAAGUACACAUGCUGCAGGCUUGAGGGGGCAUCCCAUCAAUCCUGGAUUUCAGGUCCCAGAGAGUCUGGCAAGAGCCUAUUUUUACUUUGUGUGCAUUGUGAAGUAUGACAUUCAGAUGGUUCAGCUAUUUGUUUUUGGGAGAAUUCUGAAUCCAAAUUCUACAGGUCACAGUGAACCUUGUGACUUGAACUGCAGGAUGCCAGAGCCGGAGAUGUCUGGUUAUGACAGGAAGGGUUCAUUAUAACUCAGCACCAGAUGCCUGGCCUGGGAAACCUUGAGGUCACUGGAGUGAGGGAAGUAGCACUUGGAGAUAGAGCUCUGACCUUUCAUCAACCCUUUCCCUCUGGGAGAGAUGAUGUUUGUGCAGAUGUGCUUUGCAAUUGGUAAGAAUUCCAUAGAUGCAAGGCAGUGGAAUUACUGCUGUAGCAUUAGCACAUCCAGCUGAAUCUACCUGAAUAGGAUGGAUCCUGGCAGUCGUAAGUCCUCAUGGCCCUCUGAAGAAGGAGUUUCACUGUUCACAACCUACUCCAUUCUUUUUCUCUUUCACUACAUUUUCUACUUUAUAUGGACACUAGUUUGCAAGUAUCUCUCUUUGAUGAGAUUGUCAGAACCUUGCUAACGACAUUUGUAUUGCCAUAGAGCUCAUAUCCUCAAUGCCUAGAACAGGCUCUGACAUAGGGAGAGGGUUCCAGAAAAGUUUUCCAUUAUAGAUCAAUGGUAAAGGUGCCACUUGCCACUUGCUGCUGAGUGUUAGAUCACAGGCAAGUGCUCCAUGCUCUGGUCCAGCAUGGAAAGAGGUCAGGUCUCAGGCUACUACACCCACAGUCUCUCACUUGCCCUUCCUGACUUCACAAGGAAGCAGGACAUAAACUCUGUAGCCCUUCCUUGUGCUGACCCACUACAGAGGGCUACAGUCCUUAAGCCUAUGUCUAGAGCCUCGUUCAUCCAUGCCUUGACCACUGAGACAAGUUGCCCUAGGCCAUGGUUCUUUCAAAGUGUUCCCAGGACAUUAGCAUCCCAUUGGCCUUUAGCAGAAGUAGGGUCAGGGAUUCCUGAGUCUCACUUAAUAAAGCACUGACUGGCAAAAGCAGGGGAGAUGGAGAAAACAAGUAUGAAUAUCUCCCUCAUGGAGGUCAAGGUUCAGUUCCCUUGAUUCUGAACCAGAUUCAAUGAUGGUGUGUGUACCCACAGCCUCUUCUUACAUAAAAGGACAUAUCAAGAUUGUUCCUGGGCCACCUAGGAUGGGAUGUCCCAGCCUGACUCUUCCUACUUAAACCUAACCAAAUGGACUUGACUGAAUACACCAUGGUUUCAUGAGGGUGGGUGUUCAGUGUCAGGGCCCUCAAGGAUUCUCAUUGUGAGAAGACCAACGUUGGCCCAACAUAGAUGAUCUAUCAAAGGGUCAGGCAGUAGCAGACCAAGCAGUCACAUGGUGUCCUUGGUCCUGGGCUCUGCAAGAACCUGUGCAACUGACUCUUGAGACAAGUAUUCUUUAAGUCAUCUGUUUCCUUCCUGGAACUUUUUGUCUUGUCUCCACUUUGGUCGCAUCUCCCAUUCAGUUCUUUUUUUAACCUUUAUCCUGGAUUUUGAGGUGAUAUCUUGAGCCAUUCUUGGACACAGCUUGUGCUUGUCCUCUGGUGCCAUCUGCUGCUGACUGUUUCAUGUGACCAUCUGUCAGAAAAGCCUAGACACUGGCAUCCAUCCUGGCAAGAAGUCGUUUUUCAAGCUCUCCAAAGAAUUGAGGGCCACAGCCUUCUCCAGAUACCAUAGAAGUACCUGAGUUGAUUUCUCUUUAUCAAUCUCAAUGAUGCCAAAAUGCUUGGGGACAAAAAAUGCUUUAGGGUAUUGGAACACUUGGAGACGGGGGUACCAGACUGAGUAUCUGAAGGUGCUUGGUGUUAGGAAUUGGGUGGUGGGUGGAAACCUCACUGAACAUCUUCUCUGCUCCUCUUCCCUUGCUUAGUGUGUGGCACAGCCCACCUGGUUGGCUGUUUCCUGUUCCUGGUUCCCAAUAAUCCCAGUUGCUUGGAUACUGUAGACACUUGGUACUCAAAGUAUGGUCAGAAGACUAUCAGCCUCUCCCUUAAUCAGAGCUUGUCAGAUAUGUCAAAUUCUUGUUGCCAUUCCAGACCUACUAAAUAAGAAUACAUGUUUUAUCAAGAUUUUUGGCUUAAUUUCAUGCACAUUAAAGUUAAGAAGUUUUGCUCUAGAAACAGAUUAACCUGAAACCUAGGGUUACUGGGUGAGUACCUGCAAACACCUACUCUGGAAUUUGGAAUACAGCUGUGAAAUCUUUGUUUCAGACAUGUGUCUUUAAACCUGUUAUUACUGCAAAGGUGACUCAAUUUUGGUUGUUCAUGUCAUCUCUGGGUGCAUGUGAAUGUGUUGUUUGUGAAGCCUUUUCAUUCCUUACCAAAUGUGUAUUUGUGUAGUUACAUUCAAAGGAAAUGUGCCCAUUUGUAUUCUGCUGUUUCACCUAAAAAUGUAUCAACAGUUUUCCAUCUUGCUAGGUACCAUUUUUGAAGUUUGGAAAUUGCAUCUGUGAAGGUUGAUACCUCUCACCAUCUCUCUUUAGCUCCAGAAGGGACAGAUAAUUGACCCUUGCCAACUGUAGUGGGAGUUAACCUUCCUAUAGAGGAGCAUCAUGGUUGGGAUUGGACUGCCCACAAAGACUGCCUGAGAACCCUCAGAGUGCAACACCUAUCAGAAUCCAUGUUGUGAAAGUUAAAAUCUGCAUAACUCUAGCCCUUCCUUUUUAAAGCAAUGUUAUUGACUUGAUUUUUUUCCUUUAGAAAAUAAUCACAUUCUUGAAAAUAUGCAGUAUAUACAAAAAUAAAGUUUUUUUAAAAGGAAAUCAUCAGUAGUUCCACCAUCCAAAGAUAAUCACUAUUUACAUUUUGAA